GUUACAUCACAACAUUAGCUAGCUCGAGAUGGUUUGGUAGUGACGGCAAAUGCCUUUUAACGACGCUCUGAUGUCGCGGCGACGAGGCCAUUUGAAUGGGGGCGUUUCAAGCCCGAAUCGGGAUUCGCGAGACUUCCUCACGAUUUCCGUCAUCACAUCAGGGUAGGAUUGUCGCAUGACACGUCCUAGGGAAACCAGGACGUGGGGUCUUCGUCGAAUAACGGAGCAGUGUACAGAUAAUGAUGAUCCAUGGAGCACUACGGGAUAGCCGCCAACCCCUUUUGGUGUAUGCUUACGGCACUUAUAUAUAUAAGGCGCAACCUCUGGUAGAAAAUAAGAGGUCUACCCAUUUGAGUUAACAAGAGAAACUUCGUAGAUACCCAAGCAUCCAACAACCUUUAUAUUUGGAACUGUUACAACAAUAGCCUGCCUGACUUGAAGAAUCGAACAUAUCACAUACUCAAAAAUGAGUGAGAGUCGAGACAAAUUCGGACGACGACUCCCUCUCCAGAUCAUUAAGGAGAGAGCAGCUACCGAACCGGACCGUGAAUGGCUGUCCAUACCGCGAGGCACAAACCCCGAGGAUGGAUGGGAGAAGCUUACUUUCGCGCAGCUGGCAAAAGCAAUCAACCGCGUCGCAGAUGGUAUCCGUGCCUUUGGCGGUGUGCCAGAGCCUGACACAUUCCCGACUAUAGCAUAUAUCGGGACGAACGACUCUCGUUACGUUUCGUUCACCUUCGCUGCUCUCAAGGCUGGUUACAAGGCGCUAUUCAUUUCUCCUCGAAACUCGACAGAGGGCCAAAUCCGCUUGUUCCAGGACACGGACUGCCACCUCAUCGCUCACACUCCUGAGUUCCAAGAUGCAGUUGACUCCUGGAAAAAGCUUCACAAGAUGGAGAGCAUGGUCGUCUCCCCUGAGAAAGAAUGGUACACCGGCGAGGGUUCGACUCAGAUCGACUACGAGAGAAGUGUCGAGAAGGGACAGUGGGAUCCCUUCGUCGUUCUUCACACUAGCGGAAGCUCUGGAUUUCCGAAACCCAUUGUUAGCAAGCAAGGAUGGCUCACGACCAUGGAUUCGUUCAAUAAGGUACCCCCGCAGGACGGUGUAAGAAUGUGGACUACGGAAUUAGUUAGCAUCGCAAAGCGACAUAUCAUUCCGAUGCCCUUUUUCCACGCAUCUGGGUUGUACUUCACAACAUUCCUAAGCAUUAUUGCUGGUAGCCCAUGUAUACUCCCGAUUGGAUCGAAACCCUUGACGGGAGACCUAGCAGUCCAAUACAUUGAGUAUACGGGGGCCGAGUGCAUCCUCCUGCCUCCUUCGAUUGUAACAGACAUGAGCCAAGUGCCUGCUCAAGUCGAGGCGUUGAAGAAAUUGAAAAUUGUUGCAUUCGGAGGUGGAAAUCUUGCUACUCGGGUGGGAAAUUACCUUGUCGAACAGGGGAUACGCAUGAUGAACAUGAUCUCUGCUACUGAAUUACCAUAUCCUAUCGUUUUUCAGCCGGAUAAUAAGCUCUGGCAAUACUUCGUUUUCGAGCCCAAGUUGGGCGGGGCGGAUUUCCGCCCUACUGCCGAAGACCCAAAUACGUAUCAGCUUUUCAUCAAACGUACUGGUCUUGAACCGAAUAUCCAAGGCGUCUUCUACACCUUCCCAGACAUAGACGAGUACGACACGAAAGACUUGUUCCGUCCACAUCCCACCCUGCCGAACCACUGGGCGUACGCUGGACGUGCCGACACCGUUAUAGUUUUUUCCAACGGCGAGAAGCUCAACCCUCUUACCAUCGAGCACAUUGUUAGUGACCAUGCCGGUCUCAAGGGCGCGCUGGUCGUCGGCCAGGACCAAUUCCAGCCGGCCAUUAUUCUCGAGCCCGUCAUCUAUCCGAAGAACGACGAGGAGGUUAAAAAGUUGAUCGACAGCGUGUGGCCCCUAAUCGAAGAGGCGAACAAGAGCUCCGUCGCCCAUGGCCAUAUAAGUCGCGAUUUCAUCAUGCUUACGAAACCGGAAAAGCCAUUCCCUCGAGCCGGAAAGGGCACGAUCCAGCGAGGAGCCGCCGUAAAGCUGUACAAGGACGAGAUCGAGGAUUUGUACGCGAAGGCAGAGGACUCGCAGCAAGCUAAUGCGCCGAAGUUGGAGGUUGGCUCCGAGAGCGACCUCCUAGAGUCUCUGCAGGAGCUCUUCACGACGAGGCUUGAAGCCCCGCCCUUGGGCCCCGAUACGGAUUUCUUCACCGUGGGCAUCGAUUCGCUGCAGGUGAUCAAUGCUAGCCGCUUGAUCAAUGCCGGGUUGAAAGCAGCUGGUAUUGAAGUUGACCCUUCUGCCCUCGCUCCCCGUGUCAUUUACUCUCACCCAACCUUUAGGGAGCUUGCAGGAUACCUUUAUUCCCUGGUUGAUUCCGGCGCGGCGAUUGCGGGAGACGGUGUGGAGAAGGUCGUGGCACAAAUGAAGGGCUUGGUUGAGAAGUACACCACUGACUUGCCAGCCGCCAACACAACCAAGCCUCCACCACUAGACGAGGGACAGACCGUCAUAGUCACUGGUAGUACUGGAGGUCUUGGCUCCUACCUCCUACACUUCAUGAUCUGCGAUAGCAACAUCAAGAAAGUGAUCUGCCUCAACCGUUCCAAGGACGGCCAGGGCCGCCAAAUCCAAAGCUGCGAGAGCCGUGGGCUCAGUACCGAUUUUAGCAAGGUCGAGUUCCUCCAGGCCGACCUAUCGCUGCCCGACUUGGGAAUUGGUCAGGCCAAGUACGACGAACUCCUAUCUACCACUGACAGGAUCAUUCACAACGGCUGGCCCGUCAAUUUCAACAUCGCCCUCUCGUCAUUCGAGCCGCAUAUUCGGGGUGUCCGCCACUUCGUGGACUUCAGCGCCAAGGCAGCCAAGAGAGUCCCCAUUAUCUUCAUCUCUAGUAUCGGCACCGUAGACCACUGGAAGGGAGACGUUCCGGAAGCUCAAAUCACAGACUUCACUGCGGCGUCUAUGAACUACGGCCGCUCGAAGAUGGUCUCUAGCUUGAUCUUAGACCAGGCAACGAAGGUUUCUUGUGUUCCUACGGCUAGUGUCCGUGUUGGCCAGAUUGCUGGCUCGCGGUACGAGAAGGGCUUGUGGAAUAGGCAAGAGUGGUUCCCCUCUAUCAUCGCGUCUUCCGUCUACCUUGGAGUUCUCCCAUCUAAUCUGGGAGUCUUCGACGAGAUUGAUUGGGUGGCUAUCGAGGACGUCGCCCACCUCGUCCUGGAAGUGUCAGGCGUUGAAGAGCGCCUUCCAGUCGACAAGAUUAACGGCUAUUUCCACGCCGUGAACCCCAAGACGACGACUUGGACCAAGAUGUCUGCCGCCGUAAGAGAAUUCUACGGACCCCGGAUCAAGGCUACCGUAUCAUUUAGGGAGUGGAUCGACUUACUAAAGGCCAGCCAAGAAACGACGACCGACGUGAGCAAGAACCCGGGAAUCAAGUUGAUUGACUCGUACGAGGGCUUCUUCAGUGGGACUUCGGAGGAUCAAGUCAAGUUCUCCAUGGAGAGGACGAAAUCCUACAGCAAGACUGCUGCGAACAUGGAAGCUGUGACGCCGGAGUUGCUGCAGAAUUGGUGCAAGCAAUGGAACUAUUAGCGGGGAAAACGCUUUGGUUGGAUACCUAUUUGCACCUUUUGUUCGGCCUUGUUUUAUCAAAAUUUGUCUUGAGAUGGAAAAGCGGACUAGAUUGUAAGGAGGGUCGUUUGAGUUGAAUACCUAUUAUUUCUUGAAUAUACACAAUCAUCAGCACUCUCUAUUAGUUUGCGUCAGCCUUGAGCUCUCUUGGUAUGGGUGGCUUUUGCAAAUGUGUAUACCUAAUCUAUCUAGAUACCAACC